AUGGUUCCAAGAGUGGCACGCCGAAGAAGCGAUGCCUGCGAACUCAUGACCUACUGGCAGAGAGACGUGGUCUCCUCACCAUUUCAUGGUUCUACUCUCAUGGUCAGACCAAAAUCGAAGAAAAAGAAGUGGAUGAGAAAUGUAGAACCUGAAUCGACAGACCCGGGAAUUCCUAUACCGAAUUUAACAGAGAAAUUUCUUCUAAUGCGAGUAAGAAGCGGCACGAAGAUUAGAAACGUUCUAGGAUACGCGUUGAAAGAAUUCUCGAAUUAUGACAGCGUUGUUUGGACCGCGACAGGACAUGGUGUUGGAAAAGCUAUUUCUUGUGCGGAACUUUUCAAAAAGAAACAAGAAGGUCUUCAUCAGAUCACUAACAUACGUUUCGUGGAGUCAAAGAAAUCGAAAGAGAAAAAGGAGAGUGAAACUGACGAAAAUGUGAAAGUUCGACACGUGCCGGAGAUACAUAUUUUACUUGCAAAAGAAGUGAAAGACACAUCAGUACCUGGAUAUCAGGCGCCUGGUAAUAAUGGAGAAUUCUUAGAUGAUGAAGAAAUGAAAAAUGAGAGCAAAAGUAAAAAACAGGAAGCUGGUAAUAAUGUGACCCGCAUCGAUGCCGAGGAAUUCGCAGCUAUGGGAUUGAGGACUGGUCAAAAAAGGUCAAAAAAAGAGCAGCAGCAAACAGAAGCGCCACCAAAAAAGAGUAAGAAAAAGGCGAACGAUGAUCGAUAAGUAUAAGCAGGGAAGAUUAAAUUGUAAAUAAAAUUCGAUUAAGAAUAACUUGCGUAAUAUACAUAAUUACAGACGAAAGUAUUAAUAAAUUGUAUUUUUUUUUUUUUCAAAACUUUGUAUACUUGUAAGAACUCUAAUUCUUCGUCGUAUGAUUGUUAAUCAUAAAUCGUAAAAAUGUAACAUAGUUCAUAUCAAGUAAAAAGUUUAUUUGUUGUAUCAGUACAUGCAUAUUUAUUACAGAAAUAAUCACGCAAUUUCAGUGUAUUUCUGUCGAUUCGAUCUUCUCUUUCUCCGGUCAUGCCGAGUUUCUUAUUUACAAAUUAUAUAUACAGUGUUAUAGCAUGCACAUUGCAGACUUAUAUGUACUAUGAAAAUUACAGUGCCUUCUACAGAGAUUUAAUUUCACAAUUUUUCUUUCUUUUGAUUUUUAGAAAAAGUUACUCGCAAUAGACAAUUAGCAAAAAUCACAUUUCAUCAAGAGUAAAUAAAAUUGUUUAAAAAUUCUUUCACGAUGUCUAUGUCUUUUUUUUUCACCAUUAGUGAAACUGGAAGAAAGAACACUUUACAUUUAUCUGCUUUCUUAGUAAUAUAUUCUUUGUAUCAAAUUCGUAUAAGCUUACAAAAAAACCUUGUUUGAAUUAAUCGCAAUUGAUACAUUGAUAUAAUAAACCGAAAGGCAAUAGUUUUUCCGAAGUAUGUGUAAUUCUUCUUUCAAUUUUCUUAAGUUUUAUAUUAAUUAUUAGUGUGAACUAUUUAUUAGAGCUUACGUUUUCGGCAGUAGUAUAG